AUGACUCCGACCCAGUUUGACUUGCUUAUCAGACGGAUGAUUCGGAUGAAUACACCAAAAGUUGUGGUACUACUGGUGCUCUUGGUUUGGUGGAUGGACCUCCCUAGUUCGGAAACAUCCCCAUACCAAGUUGUGGAAUAUUUUAGUGGGGUUGGUCGCAUAGCAAUGCUAUCCCGAUACUGUGGUUUUACCACGGCUGCUCUGGACAUUGAAUAUGGCAUGCAGUAUGCUAAAGAACAUGGCAAACGAAGCCCCAUGGAUAUAAACAGCAGUGCAGGCCUAGUGUUGGCCAUUUAUCUGCUUCUGUCUGGAGAGUGGGAAUCGAUUUGCGCAUUCUUUGCGGUGGUGUGCAGUAGCUAUGUCCCGGUGAACCGUGCCAGCACUGGCCGCUCCAUCAUGACCCCACUUGGAAAUCAGGAUUUUAUCCCCGUGAGGAAAUCCAACAAACUAACUUCCAGGAGUGUCAUCUUGAUGUGGAUUACCAUAUUGAUGGGAGGCACCUAUUGCAUGGAAAAUCCCCUCAACUCCCUGGUGGCUUGCCAUCCCAGAUACGUCUGGAUGCUGGAGCAGCUCCGUGCCAUUGGUGUCUACACCUACAAAAUAGCGUUCUGGAUGAGGAAGUACAGUUCCUUCAGCUGGAAACGCACAUGGGUUUGGAGCAACCGACGUGAGAUUGCCAGCUUGGAUUUAGGACCUCUUACCCCAGAAGAACGACGUCACUCAAAACCCACUACAACUCGAUAUAGAGAUCGUGCUGGCAAGCAGCGGUAUAAAGGUAACAAGAACUUGAAGAAGUCCCAGCAAUAUACCUACAAGUUUGCUGCCAAGCUUGUCCGCAUGAUCCCCAAACUUCGUGCAGAGAAGGUGCCGUUGCCAGUGGAGGUACCUUCUGGUUCGCUCAUGGACCUCUUCAACAGCAUGGAGUGGGAUGAUGGUUCCAUUUCAUGGGAGCAGGAGUUGAAAGCAUCCAUGAAGAGUGGCGUUGCAGAUGUGGCGACACCAGUGAGGAGCCUACCAGCUCAUGAUCAAGUACCAGAAGGAUUCGCAGCCCCAGGGGAGGAUACCAUCCCGGCUGAUCUUCCGGAGCCAGUUGUGGAGGAUACCAUCCGGGCUGAUCUUCCGGAGCCAGUUGUGGCUCCAGGUUCUGCUGAAGUUCACGUUCAAAAUCCUCAGGAGCAGGCUGAGCCGGAUGAACAGAAUCUUGAUAUUGCACCGGAUGACCCCUACUUUGGAGCAUCGACUGACCCCUACUUUGGGUAUGAAGCUACUGAUCUUGAUGUUGAUGAGGUACCUCGCAAAGGCGAAGCCAACGAAGUCAAGGCACUUCGUCGAUUGCUGGCCCCUCGCUGCGAUGGCACGUUGCUGGUUCCUGAGGAGGUUGUGAAAGAUUGGAAGGAUGUCCAUGGUGGAGGGCGGGAACGUGUUCUACACCUGUGGGAGCAAUCCUCUUUCAACAAGGAACAGUUUGUGAAGCGCUGCAAGCGCAGAGUGGAAAGCAUCAACGAACAAGAUCUUUGGGUAGAUGGCCAGUUCUUGAGUGAGACGGAUAUGGAGGAAGAGAAGUUCACUGCGGCGCGGAUCAAGGCUAUCAAGGAGAUGUGUGGAAAGACGAAGGGAUGGAUGCGGUGCCUGGGUUUUAAAUCUAUAUCCUAG